AUGGCUCCUCCAAUCCUGCCAUCACCAAAACUAUCCAUUUCCGCAUCCCCGCUCACUCCAUCCUCCUUUCAACCCUUCGGUAACGCCAUAUGUAGCCCAUUGCCAUCAACACUUGCCCGUGCACCUCCAGUCACCUCCAUUCGGUCCCUCGCAAACACAAACAGUUCUACAGUAUCCGAUCUCCCUACCCCAACUCUUGCCAACCAAUCCACCGCGUUGAAAUACAGUCCAAUCUCCGUAUUCCAGAAUAAUUACGACCAAUGUGAGAGUACGAGAUCCCGGGACCGAGGAGGUGCGGGCUCUCCAUGCAUGAGUAUGUUUUCGUGUUUCCCGAGAUCAUUGCGGGGAGGUGGAGAACAAGGGAAGGGUUUUUUUGAUGUUAGGAUUCUGGAACGACAUCCGUAUACAACGCAGACGUUUGUACCGCUGGGUGUCACAACGCCUGCGGAUAAAAGGGGCCAGGGUAGAGAGAGUAGGAGAUCCACAGAUACGAGUAAUAAUGGUGAUAUUGACGAUAACAGCAACAACGGCAUGGCUCCUAGCUUCUUGGUUAUCGUUGCACCAUCAUUACAUGGCCAGACGGCACGGGCUACUGUUGUAAAUGCUCGGGGUCUCAAGGAGGUGGUUAUUCGCGACCCACCGGAUAUGCGCAAUAUGAAGGCGUUCGUUGCACAUGGUGGGCAGGCGGUUACGUAUGGAGUUGGGACGUGGCAUGCGCCGAUGGUAGUGGUGGGGAGGCAUCGGGUGGAUUUUGUGGUGGUGCAAUUUGUUAACGGGGUUGCGGAGGAUGAUUGUCAGGAGGUCGCAUUCGGGGAAGGGAUAGUUGUUGAUGUAGAUAUUGACGUGGAUGUCAGGGAGAUGGAAGUUUAUGAGGAUGAGGUGGCUAAGUUAUGA